AUGACAGCGUACAACAAAAAGGACAAAGUCUUCAGGUUCGUCCGCCAGCUACUCGCCUUGCCAUUCCUCCCACCGGAACAUAUCGAGGAUGCUUUCCACCGUCUGGAUGGCCGUGCUCCAGAGGUCUUAGCUCCUGUAAUGGACUACGUAUACAGAACAUGGAUUCGUAGUCCAAUCUAUGAAAUCCAUCACUGGAGUGUUUUCAUGACGGCCAUCCGCACCAACAAUGAUGUAGAGGGGUGGCACAACAGAUUAAAUACAAGUGUGGCCACCAGGGGACCCGUGCCCUUCUACCAUCUUAUUUUAGUCCUUUACAGAGAGGCGAUGGACAUCACAUUACAGAUGAAGAUGGUGUCGGAGGGGAAGAUACAGCGGUAUCAAAGAAAGAGGACCCGUCAAGUGGAGGGACGAAUUUUUGAUCUGUGGCAGCAAUACUGUGAAAGGGGGAUAAAUGCUAGCCAGCUUCUCCAAGAAUGUGCCUCCAUCUAUGGACCUCCAACCCAGUAAAUCAAUGUGAAUCACGCAUUUUUACAGACGUAUGACUGGCGUAAUGUUAUUGCUAUGUUUAAUGAAUAAAGAUUUAGAUGCUGAUAGAUGCACAUUCAUAUUUUUUUCCACAUAUCAUUAAUAUUAAAUAUCAUACCAAAAUACUAGUUAUAGUUACGUGUAAUCUUCAGGUCAAUUUCACCGGGCAACAGAUAAUUAAACAUGGGUAAUAAUGUCUGAGAAAUAAAUAAGUUUGCUAAUCAGAACCAAGAACAAGCGCCGUUUGUAACCACGUACUAUUAUAUAUAUGGCGUUUUUCUCAGAUUAACUAACAUUUAUAAGAUCCUUCUUGUUGUUUCAAUUCUUUAUAUAAAGAUACAGGUUACACAAUUUUUCAACAUUUUAAUUUGAACGUAUGUAAAGCACAUCGUAUUUCAUGUAUAUCUAUAUUCAAUUUCGUAUUAUCAUUUUUAGCUCAAAAACUCCAUACAAAACUCACUGGCAACGCAAAUAUAUUUUUUAUAUAGAAAACAGAUACGUAGAUCCAUGAUAUUAAAAAUAUUUCCUUUUAUCAUACUAAUUUUUCUAGAUCCCUUUCGAGUAUUUCAAUUGUUACUUAUUUACAUUUAUGGAGAAUGUUCAAAGAAUGUUGAUAAAAAAAAAACAGUGUGUAAUAAUCGAAAAUCCUCAAUUAAUUAACCCCUUAUGUUAGAAAAAUUGAAUUAAUUGGCAAUAAAAAAUAUAAUAAAGAAGUGAAAAGUAAUUCGUAUAAAAUAGGUGCCGAAUUAACUAGAUGCCGAAUUUACCAGGUGCCGAGUUUACUAGGUGCCGAAUAUACCUGGUGCCGAAUUCACUUUACUUGGUUCCGAGUUCACCAGAUGCCGAGUUUACCAGGUGCCGAGUUGAC